AUGUAAAAGUUUCCGAUAUUUACCGAAAUUAUCAUUCCGUCACGAUCUGUGCUGGCUUAUUAUGGUGCCCUCCACAAAUAUCAAUCCAAUAAUCACCUGCUCGCUGAUUUUGCAUUAUAUGGUACAUUUUGCAGGAUGAAAUGAUAUCUCCACGACUCUGUGUGGAUUUUCAGAUUCCUAGAGCCUUGUGUUUUUGCUUGUCUGAAAACCCAUCAAGGUGGAAAUGGGGUUCAUCACUAACCACAGGCAGUCCAAGGUGGUGCACAAACUAUAGGAAGUCCCAAAUAACUCACCUCUGCUGCUUUUAGACCACACUAAGCAUCUGUACCACUUGGAUUUUGUAGGAAUGCAAUAUCAGAUUCCAUUGCAUGAUAGUAUGUUGAUGUUCUUUCGAUACCAAAUGACUCUGAGCAUUCUGUUGCAGAUUUUCUAAGACUCUGAAAUAGCGUUUCAUGUACACAAGCAGCGCUGCCCUACGUGCAUGUUGACCCGUGCCUUCCCACUGCAUCUUUUUUGUUGUCGCGGACGCUACCGGUUAAUUCAAGCUUCCGUGCCAGACGGCUGAUUGCAGAUCUUGCUGGUGCCUGUUGCAUGCUCAGUUUUGUCUGAAACUGUCUUUGCACUGUUACAAAACUACAGUAAAAUGCCAGUUACAACUGGAAAGUAUGGCCCGCUUGUUGGAGCAAUAGACGAAGGCACGAGCAGCGCUAGAUUUUUGGUAUUUGCAGCACAUACAAGAGAAGUUGUAGCAUCUCAUCAGAUUGAAAUAACCAAUACGUAUCCUCAAGAGGGCUGGGUUGAGCAGGAUCCAAAUGAAAUUUUAACAGCUGUCAAGGACUGUAUCAACAAAGUUUCACAAAUACUCCAGUCAGAGGAAGUAGAACUGUCAGAUAUAGUCGCCGUUGGAAUUACAAAUCAAAGAGAGACGACUGUUGUAUGGGAUGCAAUAACAGGAGAGCCAUUACAUAAUGCAGUUGUUUGGCUGGACAUGAGGACAACAUCAACAGUGGAUGCAAUAUUGGAAACUGUGCCCAGCAAAAGUUUGAAUUAUUUGAAGCCUGUAUGUGGAUUACCAAUCAGCCCGUACUUUAGCGCUCUGAAGUUGCGCUGGCUUAUAGAGAAUGUUCCCAAAGUUCGACAAGCAAUAGAUGAUAAACGUUGCUGUGUUGGCACUGUGGACACAUGGCUUAUUUGGAAUUUAACAGGUGGGAAGGAUGGAGGUAUACGAAUCACAGAUGUAACAAAUGCCUCCAGAACAAUGCUGAUGAAUAUUGAGACUCUUCAGUGGGACCCAAUGUUAUGUAGGUUUUUCAAAAUUCCAAUGGAUUUACUCCCUGAAAUACGAAGUUCAUCUGAAAUUUAUGGUUCUAUUGCUAAUGGUGUUUUGAAAGGAGUUCCCAUCUCAGGUUGUCUUGGUGACCAGCAGUCAGCACUUCUUGGACAGAUGUGUUUCGAACGAGGACAAGCCAAGAGCACAUACGGAACUGGUUGUUUUUUGCUCUAUAACACUGGCACUGCUAGAAUUGAAUCAACUCAUGGUUUGAUAACGACAGUAGCUUACCAGAUGGGCAAGAAAGCGGCUCCUGUGUAUGCUUUGGAAGGUUCAGUGGCUGUAGCUGGUGCAGCCCUUGGUUGGCUGAGGGACAAUAUCAAUAUCUUGCAAAGUAUGUCGGAGAUUGAGUCUCUAGCUGGUGGAGUUGGAAGUACUGGAGAUGUGUACUUUGUCCCAGCAUUCUCUGGUCUGUACGCACCAUAUUGGCAACAGGAUGCACGGGGCAUAAUCUCUGGCAUCACUGAUGAAACAACAAAAGGUCACAUUAUCCGGGCUGCUCUGGAAGCAGUUUGCUUCCAGAUAAGAGACAUACUCGAGGCUAUGAGUAAGGACUGUGGUUUACAGCUUACAAGAUUGCAAGUUGAUGGUGGCAUGACUGCUAAUAAUUUACUUAUGCAGACUCAGGCAGAUUUGGUUGGCAUUUCUGUCAUGAGACCACUGAUGGCAGAGACGACUGCUUUGGGAGCAGCCAUGGCAGCAGGCAGUGCCGAAGGAAUUGAAGUCUGGGAUCUAAACAAUAUACAACCUGCCCCAUGUGAUAUUUUCAAUCCACUUGUUACAGAAGAUGAGAGAGAUGAUCGGUAUUCAAAGUGGAAAAUGGCCGUAGAAAGAAGUUUUGGAUGGGAAACCUCACAAGUGAGAUGUGAUGAUAGGUAAAAGUUGUGACGUUUCCACAACAAGAAAGAUACAUUUCUGAAUGUCAAAGGGUUAUAAAGGGUUAAUUAAUAUUAACACAUACUGAUUAUUCUAGAAAUAGUUUUAGUUGUUGCUUUAUGGGAUCAUGUUCUUGUUAGCAUUAGGUUAGACUGAGAAAAAUCAAACACUGCAUUCAGUUACCAUUGUAUAAUCUGUGCACAUUCAUGGGAUACUCCAGUCUACCAAUGAUAGAGGUCAUAUGAAGAAACAUUUAAAAUUAAUUAUUUUAUGUUAAAGUUGGUACUGGGUGUUUCUGAAUAGACCUAAGUAGAUAGUAGAUGGUAUUGUCACAAAGUGAAUCUGAUAAUCAGAACAAAAGACUUGCUCAAUACAUUUUUAUUGUUUUAUACUUUACACAAAGUUCUUUUGUUUUGUUUUUUUAAAUAUGGCUGUAUACUGAACUAUUAUU